CCGGCGCUCCGAGCGCGGGCCUGGGGACUCCGGAUCCCGCCGCCGGGGCCGCAGCAUGGGGCGCUUCCGCGGGGGCCUGCGGUGCAUCAAGUACCUGCUGCUCGGCUUCAACCUGCUCUUCUGGCUGGCAGGGUCCGCUGUCAUUGGUUUUGGACUAUGGUUUCGGUUUGGGGGCACCAUGAAGGACUUCUCAUCGGAGGACAAGUCCCCGGAGUAUUUCUACGUGGGGCUGUACGUGCUGGUUGGAGCAGGGGCCCUGAUGAUGGCCGUGGGCUUCUUCGGGUGCUGUGGAGCCAUGCGGGAGUCACAGUGUGUGCUCGGAUCUUUCUUUACCUGCCUCCUGGUGAUCUUUGCUGCCGAAGUAACCACUGGAGUGUUUGCUUUUAUAGGCAAGGGGGUAGCUAUACGGCAUGUCCAGACCAUGUAUGAAGAAGCUUAUAAUGAUUACCUGAAAGACAGGGAAAAGGGAAAUGGGACGCUCAUUACCUUCCACUCCACAUUUCAGUGCUGUGGAAAAGAAAGCUCUGAACAGGUCCAACCCACAUGCCCAAAGGAACUUCUGGGGCACAAGAACUGCAUUGAUGAAAUUGAGGCCAUAAUCAGCGUUAAGCUCCAGCUCAUCGGAAUCGUCGGCAUUGGAAUCGCAGGUCUCACGAUCUUUGGCAUGAUUUUCAGCAUGGUCCUUUGCUGUGCAAUCCGAAACUCGCGAGAUGUGAUAUGAAGCUACAUCUGCGUGAUAACUACACUUGAGAGCUUCCACACGGCUGUCACAGGACUUGUGUCCUGGCUCGUUUUUAAUACUCAAAGGACAUUAGCAUCGAAAAUAAUUUGCUGUCAAUUGUACAUUUGCACAUGUAUGUAUGUUUGGCCCAUUCCUAAUUUACCCCUUGAGCGAAUGCUGUGUGUGUUGACUGCGAGCACAUUCACGUGUGAUCUGCGGGUUUCUGGUGUACGCGUUGUGUGGAAUGAAAUCUGCUUGCUGAAAAUUCCCGGUUCUUGUGAUGUUAGAGGAGCAACCUAUUUAACACUCAGAAAAAAAUCAUAAGACUUUGGUAAACUUUAACAACUUAGCUGUUCAGAAGAAGUGAUAAUGGGUCAUUCUCUCAGAUUCUAGCCACAGAAAGGUAGAUUCAGAGAAUUCAGGGAUUUCUAGUUAACAGAAGCAGCUACAGGAAUUGAGAGAUGGUGGUGUAGUGCUAAAAUUGACUGCGUCCAAGUUGCGUGUCAGGGCUCCCUGGGAUUUUUCUAUAUACCUACUCUUCCCGGAACACAGUAAACCACAGUUUUAGAAUGAAACACAUCUGUAAAACUAAAUAUAGCAUGGAAACUCUUAUUCGAAUCACUCAUACUUUCCUAGUAUUUAAAAAAAAAAAAAAAAAACCUCCCUCUGGAAAGAGUGGUCACUCAGACAAUCACGUGCCCUAUAAAAGUGACUGCUUUUAGGACUUAAAAAAAAAAACCCAACCUUUCAAUAACUUUUUGAAGACCUUUUUUCUUAUAUAAAUACAUUUAAACAUUGCUUGAUGACUUACUUUCCUUUUAUGACUCUACUCUGAACUACAGCAACCCUCCCACAAACAAAAGUGCUUUUAUCUCCGAAUUUUCCAUGUUUCUCCAAAUGUAAAGAUAGAAAGACGAAAGCAAGUGAUCUGGCAGUUGCAAGUCGUGGGAAAGAGAAUUCUCACUGGCACUGUAUCCUUGAAAUACCUCAUAACUUGAGUUUACAUAGUUUCCUAAUUCUUUCUAUUUUUUAUUCACCUAGAGAAGUCUUCUUCAUAGAUUACAAACUACAGUUUUCACCACUUAAGAAAACAAAAUCCUUCCUAAUUCAAAUAUUGUAAGCAUCCUUGGCCAAACCAAAAUAAAGAAAGAAAAGCAUCUACUAGUUGUAUGCACACAGCAGAGGCAAGCUAAGGAAAUUUAAAAAUUUUAAACACACAGAACAGAAAUGUUUUUUCGUGUAAGUCCCCUAUAAAAAUAAAAUUUUCGUAUUCUUUAUGGUCUCAAUGCUCUAAUGUGGGUAUGUAAACCCAAAGAUAGGAUCUAAACUGACGUAUCUGUCAAUUUUUAACAACGUGGUACUUUUGGUAGAUCGUGGAGGGUUUACUGUUAAUACAUUUUAAAAGGCCAGGCAAAGUCAAAGUACUGGGGACUUCGGAAGCCCCCGGGUAAGUUCACAGACCUGUGAGAACACAAGUCUUUGUGGGUGCACUAAAGCAAUGUGCUUAGUCCCAAGAAACUUUUACAAAAUGCUUUGCUGAAAAGGCCUAAUUGCUACAAAUAGUGUCAUGCGCAUAGAGAACCAUGCUUCCGCCAUACUUGCUACUGCCACUAACUUUGGAGGAAGCCUUUCCAGAAAAAACCAUUGGAAGCCAGCUAAAAAUAUAAUCGUACAUGGCUACCUUACUGUGUCUAUAGCUGAUGGAAAGAUUAUUUUAAGAAAGUCACUACGUGAAAUAGAUGCUUAUACCCCAGUAAGUGACAGAUACAACCUUCGAAGCACAGAGCAAGCGGUCCCAUCUCUCUGGCUUCAGUUCAUCCGUCUACCUGAAGACAGGCCCAGGUGCAUACUCAGGUUUCUUGCAGCUCAGAAUCCUCUCUGAUUCAACAAAACUGAGUUUCAUUCCAUAUCCGAAUUAACAACCUUAAAGACAACAAUAGUUAGGAAGAUUAGAGAACUGUUCCAUACAUGAUUCAUGUACCCGUUUGGGGAGUAAUUUUUCGAAAAUAUGUACCAUGAGUAAAAUUAGAGAAUUCCACCCCUGAAUGAGGGUAGAUUUAUAUAUAUCCUGAAUCUAUAUAUAUCUUGAAUUCCUAUGUAUCUUGAAUCUAUAUAUCUUGAAUAUAUAACUCGAAUAUAUACAUAUGCAACUUGAAUAUACGUAUAUAUGCAUGUGUUUACAGACAUACAUACGUGUAUACGUAUAUGUACACAUAUAUACACACAUAUAUAAAUUUUUGGUUAUGUCUGUUUACCUGAACUGAUUUGAGAUCAGACUCAAACAUAUUCUUAAGCAUCUGGUGCCAAGGCACUGAAUUAAAAAUUUCCUGAUGAACUAUUUUAAGUUAUUUCAAAUUAAAUUUUCUAUGUACUGGAA